AAAUGUCUCAACAUCGAAUGUCUGAUGUCAUUGGUAUACUUAGAGGAGCUAAGAUAGUAGCCGAUACUAUGAUUAAGUACCAAGAAGAAACAAUUAAACAUUUAAUAAGGACUUCAAACUUGAAAAUUACUGCAGAAAAAUGUCUGACAAAUAAUUUGAAAACAUUAAAUAAUAUAGAACCAAAUAAAAUUCCUGUUCAAAUAACAAAAGACAUUAAAGAAGUGGCAGAACGAAUAAAUGUUGUUGAAAAGGGCAUAAUAGAAUUUAUAAAAUUAAGAACUAAAGAAGUGACAGGAAUAUCACUUGAUCCAAAUAAGCCUGUAAAAUCUAUGAAAUCUAAAUUACAUGUUUACAAUCCUGCUAAAGAUCCAAGAGAAGUAAUAGUAGGGAUGGAUACUCCAAACACGAAAUCUGAUACUAAAAGCGAUGUACAAGGUAAACAGGAUAAUCUUUCAAAAAAGUACUCAACUGUAAAAGAAAAAAUUGAAACAAUUUCCAAAUUAGAACAUGAAAUACCUAAAAUUGUACUUUCUGAGAAAGAUAAAGCAAUUUUGAAGAAAUUGGAAUUAGAACAUGAAAAAAACAUAAAAAGUCAGAACAUACAACAAGAUAUAUCAAAUACCUUAAAAGCUGAUUCUAAGAUAGAAACCGAAGUAACAAAAAAUGCAAAAAUAGCGUCAGACAACCUUCAAACUAAACCAAAACUAUCUGUUAGACCAAAACAAACUCUUUCACCUAAUGCAAAAGAACAAAAAGUUCCAUCCACCAGAUUACAAAGAAUGAUAAGCUUCGGAACAUUAGGAGUUGGUCUUGGUGUUGGUACUUUUGCAGAAUAUACACGCAGAACAUUUGGAUUAAAAAAACAAAGUCUUGGAGACACAUUUGAUAGCUUGUUUCUUACUAAAGCAAAUGCAGAAAGAAUAGUUUCUACUUUAUGUAAAGUAAGAGGUGCAGCUUUAAAAAUUGGACAAAUUUUAAGUAUACAAGAUGAUACAAUUAUAAGUCCUGAAUUACAAAAAGUAUUUGAACGAGUUAGACAAAGUGCUGAUUUCAUGCCAACAUGGCAGGUUGAGAAAGUAUUAAGUACUGAACUUGGACACGAUUGGAGAAAUAAAUUAACCACAUUUGAAGAUAGACCAUUUGCUGCAGCUUCCAUUGGUAAUUACCAUAUUUUUUUCUUUUUUUUUAAUCAAAGAAGCUUUAUUUUAAAGAAUAUUCUUCAUGCUAGAAAAAAUAUUGUAGGUCAGGUACAUUAUGGUACUUUGUUAAAUGGACAAGGUGUUGCAAUUAAAAUCCAAUAUCCUGGUGUAGCCAUGGGUAUUCAAAGUGAUGUUGAAAAUUUAGUAGGCAUAAUGAAGGUUUGGAAUAUUUUUCCAAAAGGGAUGUUUAUAGAUAAUGUAGUGGACGUUGCCAAACGUGAACUGGCAUGGGAAGUGGAUUAUAUCAGAGAAGCAGAAUGUACAAGAAGAUAUAAACAGUUUAUGAAAUCUUAUUCAGAUUACUAUGUGCCAGCUGUAAUA